AUGACAGCGACGACAAAGAAAUGUCUAAAGCUGCACAAACUCUUUGUAGCCGAGCUGGCUCGUAGCUCACAACUCGAGACGGAAGGUUCCCGAGUUUUGUCCUCGCUUGCCAACGUCAGCCAGCGAAUUCCAAUACUGUUAAAGGACGAUGACAACUCGAAAGUGAUGGGCGUAUUGCAAUUUUCAUGCAGCUCGCAAGCACUAUUGCUUCAAAAACAUUUUUUAGCUCUCGAAACGAGCUAUGGAUUCUUGACUACAAUUUUGCGCGAUUAUCAGGAGAUGCUUCGCCAUCUUCGAUCUUUCACAAACGAGUGUGUAACUUUAGUCGAUCAACAUAUAACUAAUGACGGCGAUAGCACUGAGGAUGAGUCGGCAGCGAUGACGUUCUCGAUGAAGCUGCAGGAAUGGAUGGAGACGGUGCUUACGAUGUUUGAGCACGAAGUGUUGCGGAAAUCGAGUCUGGUGGCCAAUUUAGAGUACAGUGACCUCAAUCGACUGACUACUGCAUCAAAACAGUGGAAGGCUAAUGGAAGAAUGGGCAACAUCGAUUACGACUACGUGCAAACAGGCUUGCCCAUGCCAAAAAAUCUAGAUUCUCGAGCGAUAAAUUCUGACAACAACGAGAUUGUGACCAAGAAAAGGAAGAAAAAGAAGAAAAAAGCUAUCAAAGGACAAAACUGA